AUGCCAGAACCACCAACAAACCUCACUUCUUUCGCGCCCGAGGAAUACAGCGCUGGCUGGACCCACGAACAACUCGCCGCAAGAUACAUCGACCUCCGCGCUGGACACCUCGCUCUUCGCAAUCUCUCCGAUGGUGCCGCCGCUGCUCGCCCCUUUGAGCGCGAACGCACCAUUCACAACCUACAAAAUGCGCGUCUCCGGCUAGAGAACGAAAAGCAGCAACUAUGUGCUCAGAUACGACAAAUUGAGAGGGCAAACCAGACGAAUCGAAAUAUCAACCGUGACUUACGGGAGCAGUACAUGGAAACGCAGGAAACUCUCAACAUGGUUUUGCAAGCGCAGUUUCAAGUAGAUCAAGAGGCGCGAGAGCAGCACGCGAAGAUCGAAAGGCUUGAGGAGGAGAAUAAGAGCCUUCAUUGGCAGGUUCAGAUGUUGGUUAAGUCAAGGGAUGAGAAUGAAGAAAGUCUAGCUGGCUCGCGGAAUAAGGGGGGGAAAUUGCGGCCAGGAGUGGAUGAGAUGGGAAAGAAGGCCCAAAACACAGGCGAUCGGGUUGAUGAAGUCACAGCUGAACAAGAGAAGAUGACGAAGGCUAAGUUAUCUGGGCAACAAUCGUACUGGGACGACAACCAUGACGACGACUAUAAUGAUGACCAUUUUGACAUCUAG